GGGGGUGGAGGAAGAGGCCUCGCGCAGAGGAGGGAGCAAUUGAAUUUCAAACACAAACAACUGCACGAGCUCGCAUCCACCGCGCCGGAGAGUUGCCCGGGAUCCGCGCCCGCCCCGUCCGAGCGGUGCGCAGGCGGAGACGCCGUGGCCGCGCCGGAGCUCCGGCCGGGGGCCACCAUCGAGGCGGGGGCCGCGCGAGGGCCGGAGCGGAGCGGCGGCGCCACCGCCGCACGCGCAAACUUGGGCUCGCGCUUCCCGGCCCGGCGCGGAGCCCGGGGCGCCCGGAGCCCCGCCAUGUCGCGAUCCAACCGGCAGAAGGAGUACAAAUGUGGAGACCUGGUGUUUGCCAAGAUGAAGGGCUACCCACACUGGCCAGCCCGGAUUGAUGAGAUGCCUGAAGCUGCGGUGAAGUCAACAGCCAACAAAUACCAAGUCUUUUUUUUUGGGACCCAUGAGACGGCAUUCCUGGGCCCCAAAGACCUCUUCCCUUACGAGGAGUCCAAGGAGAAGUUUGGCAAGCCCAACAAGAGGAAAGGGUUCAGCGAGGGGCUGUGGGAGAUUGAGAACAACCCUACCGUCAAGGCUUCUGGCUACCAGUCCUCCCAGAAAAAGAGCUGCAUGGAAGAACCUGAGCCCGAGGCCGAGGCCACAGAGGGUGAUGGCGAUAAGAAGGGUAAUGCGGAGGGCAGCAGUGAUGAGGAGGGGAAGCUGGUCAUCGAUGAGCCAACGAAGGAGAAAAAUGAGAAAGGGGCACUGAAGAGGAGAGCAGGGGACAUGCUGGAGGACUCCCCAAAACGUCCCAAGGAGGUUGAGGACCCCGAGGGGGAGGAGGAGGCAGCCACCUUGGAAGGUGAGAGGCCCGUUGCCGUGGAGGUGGAGAAGAACAGCACCCCCUCAGAGCCUGGCUCUGGCCGGGGGCCUCCUCAGGAAGAGGAGGAUGAUGAAGAGGAGGAAGAAGAGGCUACCAAGGAAGAUGCUGAGGCCUCAGGUGUCAGAGAUCAUGAGAGCCUGUAGCCACCAAUGUUUCAAGAGGAGCCCCCGCCCCGUUCCUGCUGCUGUCUGGGUGCUACUGGGGAAACUGGCCAUGGCCUGCAAACUGGGAACCCCUUCCCCACCCCAAUCUGCUCUCCUCUUCCACUCACUCUCCCCACCUCCAAGCCCGGCCCCUGGAGAUUGACUUGGUUGGGGCAGGCCACCUGGCUUCAGCUCCAAGUCCCCACUCCCCUGUGAUAUGAGUCAGGGCCAUGUCCCCUGCUCCCUGGGAUAAGAUGAGGCCAUUUGUCCCCCCUGUCUGGAGCUGUUUCCCAGGGCUUCUUUUGGGGCCUGGACCAGCUGUUUCCAUCUCCUGACACCCCUCUCCGACUCCUCUAGGCCUUCUGGACCUCUGGGUUGUGAUCAGGGGUAGAUGUGGAAGGGAUGGAGGAUUAACAGCAGGAUAUACUUCCCUGGGCCUGGGAAGGACAGUUCUCAAAUUGCUAUGGGGGCAGGGUGGGGAAAGGAGGUGUUGUCUUCCUGAGUUCCUCUCCCUCCCACACCUACCAUCCCAGCUGCCUAGAUUCAGAGAAAUUGGGCCAGCUUGUGGGGGAGGGGCUUGCUCCCUUCCAUAAAAUCUUGAUGAUUGACGAUGCCCAUUCUUCCUUUUGCUGACCCAGGGAAUUCUGGGAGUUGAAGUUUAUCAAAAGAUUUGGGGACUUUCAAGUUGUUUGGGCCAAGGAUCUGAGAUGUGAAGGGUUGACUUCAUCCAGUUUGGGUGGUAGGGGACCGGUGAAAAGCAUCUUAUCGGUUCCUUUAGAUCUCUGGAGCGAGACAUGGGGAUGUCCAGGGGAGAUCCCUUGCUGCCCUUUUCCUUCUACCCACAGCACUCAAGGCCAGCCUACAGUCAUAUAUAUCACCCAGACAUAAAGGAAAGACACAUUUUUUAGGAAAUGUUUUUAAUAAAAUAAAAUUACAAAAAAAAAAAAUUUUAAGACCC